UAAGCGGGAUAUUCGUGAACAGGAAGAAAAAUGCAUAGGUUCUGUUGGAUGAAAGAUGCAGUAGGAGGGAGUUUUUAAACUGCCUUUCGAAUAUUAGACAUUACAUUUACAUUUAAGUCAUUUAGCAGACGCUCUUAUCCAGAGCGACUUACAAAUUGGUGCAUUCACCUUAUGACAUCCAGUGGAACAGCCACUUUACAAUAGUGCAUCUAGUUAAGUAAAUGCCCUGAGUGAUUGCUUGCUUACAAUAUAUCGAUGAAACAAACUCAAUUUGAAUAGUAUUCCAACGCUGCUUUGAGGACAACUCAUUGACGCUCCCUACGCUUGAAACCAUCCCAGCCCGCCUCCAACGGCUCGAGCACAGGGUCUCAUUGCUGGGUGGCUGCUUACUGUGUUUUGGCUCACGGGGAGACGAACUGGACCGACCACUGACCCGGUGUCGGCACAGCCUUUCUAGGGUUGCAACUAUCCCUACGGUUGCACUGGACUAGGACGGUCGAGGGCAUAGGCCCAGUGCUUUACAGCAUUUUGGGAAACCUCCCAUUCACUAUAUCAUCCAAUCGAUUCAGACUUGUUAUGGAGCUGGAGGUGAGCCGAACCGAGCUGGAAGGUUCCGACGCUCCCCAGUCUCAGAGACACGAGAGGAGCCUCGGACUUCUCACCACGAAGUUCGUUACUUUGCUGCAGGAAGCGGAGGACGGGGUGCUCGAUCUUAAAGUAGCAGCAGACACCCUGGCCGUCAGACAGAAGAGGCGCAUCUAUGACAUCACCAAUGUACUGGAGGGCAUCGGCCUGAUCGAGAAGAAAUCCAAGAAUAGUAUUCAGUGGAAGGGAGUUGGGCCAGGCUGUAACUCAAGGGAGAUUGGUGACAGGCUGAUUGACCUGAAGUCGGAGCUUGAAGAUCUGGAUAUGAGGGAAAGUGAGCUGGACCAGCAGAGGGUGUGGGUCCAACAAAGCAUCAAGAACGUGACCGAGGACACACACAAUAGUCCUCUGGCCUAUGUUAAUCAUGAGGACAUCUGCAACUGCUUCAAAGGUGAUACCCUCUUGGCGGUGCGUGCUCCCUCUGGUACGCAGCUGGAGGUGCCCAUACCUGAAGCUGUUCAAAAUGGUCAGAGGACGUAUCAGAUCCAUCUGAAGAGCGCUGCUGGGCCCAUUGAUGUUCUGCUCAUCAACAAGGACCCAGUUAACUCAACCCCCGUAGUGCUGCCAGUCCCGCCCCCUGAGGAAAUGCUGCAGAACACCAAGUCUGCUGCAGCCUCUGCAGGCACAACCAUUAACACAUUUGUCAAGACCACCCAGAGUCUGGCCACCGGCAAGCCUAAAGCACAUACAGCAGCUAAGCCAUCAGACACCUCCAGCACUGAAAAACCUGCUCAGCAACCACCAUCAUUGGACACUCGAUCCCUCCAGUCUUCUGCUUCAUUGGACAACAACUUGACUGUCUUUGAACCAAUCAAAUCCGAUUCAUCUGACUUGCUGGAUUUCCCCAAAUACUUUUCUGACAUGUUUGACCCCGCUAAAGAGAUGGUGAGUGCAGAUCUACUAGAGGAACUUAUGGCUUCAGAAGUGUUCUCUCCACUCCUCCGCCUUUCUCCUCCCCCGGGUGACCAUGACUACUUCUAUAACCUGGAUGAGAGCGAGGGCCUCUGUGACCUCUUCGAUGUCUCCAUCCUCAACCUUUGACCUAUGAACCCUUACACAAGGCUCACAUGAAGAGACCCUUUUUUAAAGAAAGCCAAGAACACUUUUUUAAACACUUGUUUGAGUACUAACAAACAGGUCUAUUUUUGGAGUCUUGUAAUAUAAGCUGAAUUGAUGAAGAAACAGUUUUUGAUACUUUUCAUACUCAUACCUUCAUACUUUAUUUUUGUCGCGUCCCCUUUGUUGAUGUUUGAACAGGGAGAUGAUGCAAUUUACCCUGGAGAGCAGCCCUCCCCUACAGGAAUUAUAAGCUUUAAUGAUGUCAUGGAAUAUAUUUUUUGAUCUGUGCUAUUGAAGUAACAGUGGAUGUGUUUUUAAAAGUUGAGUUGUGCUCCAUUUGGAUUGAGUAAAUAUGGAUUGGGUUGAGGUAAAGAUAGCAACCCAUUCAUUUCCUCAAGGAAAAAUCAACCACUACACCUAGGUACUUAUGUACAUCUGAAAUGGUUGGAUAGUAAGCAAUGUAGUGAAAAUUCCAUCUAGUCUUUUAGAGGGCUAGGUAGAGCUAUUACCAUAUUGCAGACAUAUUUGAUCCUUUCAGAUCUACAUGGUGACUAAGGGUAGGAAGGGAUAGGUGCUGUGAGGAGCUGCAUUGU